UGUAUUCUUUUUCAUUGCAGAUUAUGGAAAACACAAAUAAUUCUUCAAAUGACAAGGUGUAUUAUUCGAUGGGGGAAGAAGAAAAAUAUUAUUCAUCUUCGGAUGAGGAGGUAGAUUUUUCAUUGAACAUCGAUAAUGCAAGAUGCAGUUUUUGCCCCGAGUGGUGGGGAUUCUGCACUUGUACGGGGCAAGAAGAAUACGUUCCACCGGAGUCUACCUCUUCCCCCAAACCCAAGCCCACCUCUGACGGGAAACAAGAAACAGCUGAGCCGCCACCUCCUGCUGCCUCCCCGAACUUGAGCCAACCUCCAACAACUACCAACACCCACGGUGAAGACAAAAAUUAAUAAAAUAUUUUAAAUUCA